AUGGCCGAAGGUAUCCAACAUACGCUCACCACAGAGCAACGAAUCUAUGUGGUAAAAAAUUCUUAUCAGACAAACAACAAGAGUGAAACGUGUCGCCGUUUCAAUGAGCAAUUUAAUCGUCAAAUCAAACGUGACACUGUUGCAGAUAUCGUUGAUCGAUUUGAAGAAAGCGGUAAAGUUGAUGAUAGAAAGCGAACAGGUCGACCAUUUGUUGUUAGAACAGAAGAAAAUAAAGAGGCAAUUAAAUCUCUUUUUUCAAACAAUCCGACGACAUCAACCAGGCGUGCCGCGUCUGAACUUGGUAUUUCGAAAACGUCAAUUCUGCGCAUAUUAUCCGAGUUGAAAUUGCACCCAUACCGUCAUCGGUUAGUGCAACAGUUGAAUGAUGAUGAUCCUGAUCGAAGAACUGAAUUUUGUGAAAAACUUCUAAUGAUGGCUGAAGAAGAUCACAGCAUCUUUGAUAAAAUCAUUUGGACAGAUGAAGCAAUUUUCAAACUGAAUGGGCACGUCAACAGGCAUAACUCAAUUUACUGGGCAUCGGAAAAUCCACGAAUCGAUAUCGAAAGAGACUUCAAUGUACCUGGAAUCUCCGUUUGGAUAGGUAUAUCAUCGAAUGGAAUUAUUAGUCCAUUUUUCUUUAAUUCCACUGUCACUGGUGAGAGCUACGUUGAGAUGUUAAAGGAUUACUUCGAACCAGCAGUCGCUGAUUGGUCCGACUUAAACGACUUCUGGUAUCAACACGAUGGCGCUCCAGCUCAUUACAGCCGAAUCGCCCGUGAAUAUUUGGACGAGAUGUUUCCCGACAGGUGGAUGGGUCGUCGUGGCCCAAUCGAAUGGCCUCCUAGGUCGCCUGACUUAUCACCACCCGAUAUCUUUGCAUGGGGUGUUGUGAAGGAUGCAGUUUAUUCAAAGAAGUCAACCUCAAUUGAUCAGCUUCAAAAUGAAAUUGUUGAUGAGUUCCAACAGAUUUCAACUGAUUUGUGCAAGAAAGUCUGCCGCUCUGUGGAGUCUCGUCUUCAUAAGUGCAUUCAAGCUGACGGCUGGCAGUUCGAACAAGAUUGUUAG